UAUUGGGAGAAGCACUUUCUGCCUUUAACAGUAAACCGUCUUUGUUGAGUACAUCUUGCCAGUUACGGCUAGCGUAAGUACGUGACACGGAUAUUUUCGCUGUGGAAAACGAGACAAGCAUUUGAAUAACAUUUGAAGAGCAGAAAAUAGUAAUGGGCGGAGUUUCUGAGUGUGGCUAGGACAAUUUGCUAGUAUAGUGACGACCCGAAAUGGCUCUGCGAGUAACAGUACUGCGACUUAACUUAGCAGCUAUCCAUCAUGUCAACAACUUAUACUCGGUUAGCAGUACAAGGAAGCUGACUGAAAAUGUGGCAUCUAAACCAAAAGCCGCCAGUGGUGGAGAGACAAUGACUGGUCAUUUACUCUACACACCAGAACACUUGGCACUGAAGGAGUCUCUCAAAAAGAUCAUCGACCAGGAGAUCAACCCCUAUGUGGACCAAUGGGAAGCAGAGGGGAUAUUUCCUGCCCACAAAGUCUUCAAGAUACUUGGAAAUGCUGGGUUUCUGGGUGUCAAUAAGCCAGUUGAGUACGGAGGCCUGGGGCUGGACUUCAGCUACAGCAUUGCCAUGUCAGAGGAGCUGGGUAAUAUCCGCUGUGGAGGCAUCCCAAUGGCCAUCGGAGUCCAGACUGAUAUGGCGACACCUGCGCUGGCCAGGUUUGGCUCUGCAGAGCUGAAGAAGGAGUUUCUCCUGCCGUCCAUAAUGGGAGACAAAGUGGCCUGUCUGGGAGUGAGUGAAGUGGGAGCCGGCUCAGACGUUGCUACCAUCAAAACGAAAGCGGUGCGUGAUGGGGAUGAGUAUGUGGUGAAUGGUGGGAAGAUGUGGACAACCAACGGCACCCAGGCUGACUGGAUGUGUCUCUUGGCCAAUACCAGCGAUGGGCUGUCUCACAAGAACAAGUCCCUGAUUUGCCUGCCCAUGAACUCCCCUGGGGUUCGCAUCGCCCGCAAGAUCGAUAAGAUGGGAAUGAGGUCAUCAGACACUGCCGAGGUCUUCUUCGACGACGUGCGUGUGCCCUGCAAGAACGUCAUUGGUCGAGAGGGGAUGGGCUUCACCUAUCAGAUGCUUCAGUUCCAGGAAGAGAGACUUUGGGCAGUUGGCAAUAUUCUAACUAUGAUGGAAAACGUCAUCCGGGAGACCAUCCAGUACACCCGACAGCGGACGAUCUUCAAGAUGCCCGUUCUCCAUCACCAGUCGGUCUACUUCAGACUGGCUGAGCUGGAGACGGAGGUGGAGCUGCUUCGCUCCCUACUCCAUCGUGCCACAGCUCUGUACAUCCGGGGCAACGACGUGACCAAGCUGGCCUCCAUGGCUAAGCUGAAGGCAGGCCGACUGGCCCGGGAGGUGGGCGACAGCUGUCUGCAGUACUGGGGAGGCAUGGGCUACACCAAUGACGUUCUGGUCAGCAGGUUCUACCGAGAUGCCAGGUUAUGUUCUAUUGGAGGAGGUGCUGAUGAGGUCAUGCUGUCAAUCAUCUCAAAGUACAUGGACACCGUACCCAAGGCCCCGCCCAAGUGAUCUCACCGUGCCACUAUAAUUUCCUUCUACCGCAUUGCUGUUAAGAAUAUAUAUGAACACUUAUUAAUCAAUAUUAAACCAAUUGUGGCAUUAGUAUAACAUGUAAACACUUAGCUAUGCUAUUCAGAAUCUGCAUACACAGAUGAAAACUCCCGGUGAUCUGAGCACAAUGUUUAAGACAUUUAAUCACCUCAGUUUGAGUUACAGCUGUGUAUUUUAUCUCAUGUGUUAAUAUCACCAGUGAGGACUUCCCACCUCAGCACUAGUGAAACUAAUUUGAACUAGUGAAACUAUGCAUAACUGAAAGUGUGCUUAUCUAAAUGACUGGGUGGAUAGAAAUUAUACCUUAACUUCAUUCUCAUAUUUCUAGUUAAAUUCAUAAAGCAAAGUUUAUGAGGUCAGAAGGAACUGAACACAUUUCUGGAGUUAAACCCAGGCUUGGAAAAUAAAUGUCACCUGCAGUGUGGAUCAUAUCCCCUAGAAUUGUUCAUCCUCAGGUCUGUUUUCUACUGUUCUGAAGUGGCUGCCAGGAUUGUUUUUUCAAUUAGCACCUCAUGUCUCCAUCCUGAAGAGACGCAUUGAGUAUUUCCAACUAUUAUGAUUCACUGCCUUAUGACAACAAUACAAGUGUGUUAUCACUGUGUAUUCUUUCAAUGUGAUGUGAUGAAAGCACAUUUUGUCAAUACAGAUGUCUAAUAUUUAGAAUGAAAUGAAUAAAUGCAAAGAAUUUACCUCAA